AUGGCUGGGGGCACUCCAGGGCAUGUGGCAUUAGGGUUUGCUUUCUUACUCAUCGGAAUUUGGCAUCUUUUCAAUUCCAUCAAAAUCCAUUCCCUCAAUCCAACAUCCUUCCGGAUCCUUCCAUGGUUUCCGGCGCCAAGAUUCCGGCGGCUCGAGCCCAUCCUAAUCAUGGCCGUCACGGCGGCGUUCAUUUCCAUGGAGCUCUUCCACGGCCGGAAACUCCUCUCCCCCGACGGCACCAUCCCCUCCAGCAACCUCCCCCACCUCGAGCACUCCAUAAUCGCCCUCUCAUUCUUCGUCUACGCCGCCUUCGCCGCCGUCUUCGACGGCGGCGCCCCUCCCCCGCCGGCGAGCCACGGGCUGCUCCACUUCCUCCAGGCGGCGGCGUUCGCGCAGCAGCUCCUGAUCCUCCACCUCCACUCCACCGACCACAUGGGCAUCGAGGGACAGUACCAUUGGCUCCUCCAGACCGUCGCCGCCGUCUCGGCCGCCACCACCGUCGUCGCCAUCGGCUUUCCCGGCAGCUUCGUGAACUCCUUUAUCAGAGCUUUCAGCGUCGUUUUUCAGGGGGUUUGGCUCGUCGUCAUCGGCGCCGUCCUCUGGACGCCGCGGUGGAUUCCGGCCGGCUGCGCCUUGAAACGCGGCCCCGGCCGCGACGCCGUCGUCUGCGGCGGCGAUGGCGCGCUGGACCGCGCCAAAGCGUUGGUGAACAUCCAAUUCGGGCUGUAUUUGGUGGUCCUUAGCGCCGCCUCCAUUUUAUUUUACUUAGCCAUUCUCAAGCUUUACCCUAAUCGAGAAAAAAUUGAAUACAGAUCUCUGCAAUUGGAUCAAGAACACUCCGCCGAUGACCACAUCAAGAACUAA